CUGCCAGCAGCGUAAAACUGAUUUGUCCUCUAUUUUCCGCCGACUCCUGUACGAUCACCUGGGCCUUCCUGAUCUCAAUUUUUUUUUUAAAUUUGCACAUUUUGUUUUUUUCUUCAGUAAAACAAUGGCCGGCACUUUGGCUCGUAAAGCUGUAGAUCAUCUCCGUAGCAAGGAGUUCAGAGACUAUCUGAUGAGGUAACACUUUUGGGGUCCAGUAGCAAACUGGGGACUGCCGAUUGCUGCCAUCAGUGACAUGAAGAAAAGUCCAGAAAUUAUCAGCGGACGAAUGACCUUUGCUCUGACCUGCUACUCGCUGUUGUUCAUGAGAUUUGCCUACAAGGUACAGCCAAGGAACUGGCUCCUCUUCGCCUGCCAUUUCACCAACGAGGCGGCACAACUCAUUCAGGGAGGACGGCUUAUUAAAUACAACAUGGAGAAAAAAAUGGCGAAAUGAUGACCAGCAGUGACCGGCAGAGGUCUCCUCCAUAACAAACAGAUCGUAACUUUCACAAAUAAUAAUUCGUACACAGAAAGCACGGCUUUUAUCAGACUAAUGAUAUUAGUACAUUUGAGCUCCCAUGUUAAAGGGAUGCAGACUUCGAGAAUAGAUUGGAAUAAAAUGUAUAUAAAGAACUUGAUCUUUUCAUGGACUGUUACGCACACUUUUUUUUUUACAUUUAUGGUACACGUCAAGCUACUGAUUUCUGGAAUUGUCAUUCAGGAUAAUUUAUUCACGACUGAGUGGAGAACAUCUGGUUAAUCUCGGUGAAUGUAGUGAAUAAAGGUUGAUUUACUGCAUUAGCUGCUGAUUUGUUCUGACUGUAAACAUGUUCAGUGCAUUGUUCAAUCCACAAAUUCAUAUUCAAUCAAGUGUAAAAAAACCCCAAAGCAAAAAAUAAAACUCUUAACCCUUA